AUAUUAUCUAUCAAUGAUGUUGAGGUCGGUAUGGAGAAAUGGACAACAAAGGUCACUGUCCAGGAGAAACAGCAAGUUACCUCAUCAAUUAGCACACCAACUAGGAAACAAAAGUUUAUCUUCAUUGAUUCUGAGGGAUCAAAGGUUGAAGGCAUCAUAUUUAAUGCUGAUAUUGCUAUAAUGAGCCCCAGAAUAGAGGUUUACAAAAAGUACCUCAUCUCCAAUGCUCAGGUCAAAAAAAUCCCUGAAAACUUUAGAACCACUGACCUAGCAAUCCAAUGGAUAAUCACCAGUCGAACAAUUAUUGAAGAGAUUGUAGACGAAGACGAUGUUAUGGCUGCACAGUUUACGUAUACCAACUUUACGGACUUGGCACAGUACAUGGACCGCAAGGACAUUUCUGUUGAUAUUAUGGGAAUUGUUAUUGCUGCUUUGGAUGAAAAAAUUGUCACCGUUAAUUCAAAGGAAGCACGAGUCCAGAAGCUUGUUCUUGUUAAUGAAGAAUUGCAAACACUUAUGCUGUCUAUGUGGAAUGCUUUUAUUGACAAUGAAGGCUCCAAGAUUAUUUCGGAAAUUCAGAACUAUCCUGUUCUUAUUGGAAGAAGGCUAAAGGUUCAAAAUUAUAAUGGGCAAGUAGAAAUGCCAAAUGCCUUGCAGACAUUGUUACAAAGAGAACAUACAAUUGAUACAAUCCUGAUCUCUCUUUCCAAGCAGAUCAAAAAAUUACUGAUAUAUCAAAUAUCAGCUCAAAACACAAGAAUGUGUGGGUGAAAGCAUCAUUCUUAUUUGAUCACAUCUUCCAAAAAUUUUGGUACAUGGGGUGUGAAAAAUGCUUCUGCUCCACGUCUGCCGAUUAUGGUGUCUUGUUCAUGUGUAAUACUUGUAAACAAAAGCACAAGGCUGAACCAAGGUGUAAAUUUGAUGUUGACCUCUCUGAUGACACCGGAACAGUCACA